AUGGCUUCCAAGGCUAUUGCAACCAUGGCUUUUCUACUCUCUCUCAACCUUCUUUUUUUCACAAUGGUCACUUCAACUAAUGUCGCUUGCCCACCACCAUUGAAGACUCCAAAACACACUCCACAACACUCACAACCCAACCUUCCUACUAAUAAGCCAGCCACUUGCCCCAAGGACACCCUUAAGCUAGGGGUGUGUGCUAACUUGUUGAAUGACUUGGUGCACCUUGUUGUGGGAACCAAGGUUUUCAAACCCGGACCGUUCAUUGAACCUUAA